ACAGCCUCAACUUCCUGCAGAUUUUAAACACUCACUCACUCACUCACUCACUCACACGAACACAUAAAGUCACCCCUUAACAACAGCUACCACCAGCUCUUACAAGGAGUCAGCUUGCAGGAGAGAGAAGAAGCAAUGAGCAGCGGGGUGUGGUUUCCUGCACUGGGGCUGGUGGCCUGGCUGUGCUGCCACAGUCUGGGGCCCGUUCAGGGGGGGAAGGUGCUGGUUAUGCCUGUGGAUGGGAGUCAUUGGCUUAGCAUGAAGAUACUGGUGAAGGAGCUAAUCACAAGGGGCCAUGAGGCUGUGGUGCUGGUGCCUGAAAGCAGCCUGUUGAUCCAUGGCUCAGAGAGCUACAAGACAGAGAUCUACCAAGUGUCCUAUACCAAAGCUGAACUGGAUGGAAAAUUCGCCGAGCUGCAGACUGGAGUGUUCCUCAAGCCACCAGCAAUCACAGACUUGUUUAUUAAUGUGCAGCGUUUGACUAACUUUACUUCAAUUCAGGUGAAAGGCUGCGAGAGUUUGCUGAUCAACCAGCCUCUCAUGAGUCAACUGAAGGAAGAGGGCUUUGAUGUUGUGCUUACAGAUCCCUUCCUUCCCUGUGGCUCAGUCCUGGGUCAUAUGUUCUCCAUUCCAGUGGUUUAUUUCCUGCGUGGACUUCCAUGUGAGCUGGACAGUAAAGCCAACCAGUGUCCCUCUCCUCCUUCGUAUGUUCCUGUGUUUUUCUCUGGAAAUACAGACAUCAUGACCUUCCCACAGAGAGUCAAAAACAUGCUCAUGUCCUUUUUUGAGUUCUAUCUGUGCAAAGUAAUGUAUGCCAGCUUUGAUGAUCUGGUCAGCAGGUAUUUAGGAGACAACAUGACCUACAAGGACGUUCUUAGUCACGGUGCUAUCUGGCUUCUCAGAUAUGACUUUGUUUUUGAAAGGCCCAAACCUGUCAUGCCAAACAUGGUUUUUAUUGGAGGUAUCAACUGUGCAAAGAAAGCUCCUCUGCCAGCUGACUUAGCGGAGUUUGUGGAUGGCUCAGGAGACGACGGCUUUAUCAUUUUUACCCUGGGCUCAAUGAUUUCCGACAUGCCUGCAGAGAAGGCUAAACAGUUCUUUGACGCCUUUCGGCAAAUUCCUCAAAGGGUUUUGUGGAGAUACACUGGAGUCGUACCUGAAGACAUACCCAAGAAUGUGAAACUUAUGAAGUGGUUACCUCAAAAUGAUCUCCUAGCCCAUCCCAAAGCUAGAGUCUUCAUCACUCAUGGAGGCACCCACGGUAUCUAUGAGGGCAUCUGCAAUGCUGUUCCCAUGUUGAUGUUUCCACUGUUUGGGGACCAGGGGGACAACGUAGAGCGCAUGGUGUCCCGUGGUGUUGCAGAGCAACUUAGAAUUUAUGAUAUGACGACUGAAACCCUUUUGGCUGCACUAAAUAAUAUCAUCCAUGACAAAAGUUACAAAGAGAAGAUGGUGGCGCUGUCUCAGAUACACCUGGACCGUCCUGUUCCGCCUUUGGACCUGGCUGUUUUCUGGAGCGAGUUCGUCAUUAGACAUAAAGGAGCCGCACACUUGAGGGUGGCUGCACAUGAGUUAAACUGGAUUCAGUACCAUUGCCUGGAUGUCAUCGGCUUUUUGGCCCUCAUUCUCCUCACUGUUCUGUGGGUGACACUAAAGUGCUGCCUGUUCUGCAUCCGCAAGUGUUGCAGAACGGGGACUGCAAAGAGAAAACAAGAGUAGUGUUUCUAUUGCAACAGUCUUAUAAUAAAUGACUACAAAUGACAGGUUUUACAAAUUCUGUAAUGAAGCUAAUAAUUGAGGUUGAAACACUGGUACGGCAUUUUAAACUAGAGUGUGUGUGUCUGUGUGUGCGUGUGUGUCUCAGCUGGGUAAAGUAGGAUUUAUGUCUGUUUUUAAUUUUCAUUGUUUUACUACAAAUAGUUUAAUAAGACUAAUGUGUUUAAAUGUCACUACAUUUGAUUUCAACAGCAGCCAAAGCUGUAUUCUCACAGUGUUUGCCAAAUUAGCCUGCUGACUGGGAAGCUAACAAUACAUAAGGUGCUACACUUCAA